CCUGCUGGCCGCUGCCUUCAGCCUGCUCCCCUGCUGAUUGGCUGCGCGGUUGUCAGGAGUGUUUUAAGGAAAACAUGGCUUCUCUGUCUGUUGGAGAGCUUCAGGAAAUGGAAGUGGACCGAAGGGGUGAGUCUGAGGAGUCAGGUGAUGAUGAGACGAGGAGGAAGAGCAUCAACGGGGAUGUGGACCCCAAUCAGCCUACUGCUUCAAGUAAAGAAGAGUCUCCAGUUGACAUGGACACCAUAACCUUGGACCCAGAGGAAGAGGAUGUUGAUCUUGUUCAUUGUCGUAUUGGAAAAAUCGAAGGACUUGAAGUGCUACAGAAGGCUAAAACGCUCUCCUUACGGCAGAACCUCAUCAAGAAAAUAGAAAACCUCGACAGUUUGAGCUCACUGCGAGAACUGGACCUCUAUGACAAUCAGAUCCGGAGACUGGAGAACCUGCACAACCUCACAGAGUUGGAACAGCUCGACGUCUCCUUCAACAUUUUGAGAAAGGUGGAGGGUUUGGAGCAGCUCACUCAGCUCAAGAAACUAUUUCUCCUUCAUAACAAAAUCAGCAACAUUUGCAACCUGGAUCACCUGUCCAUUCUGGAGAUGCUGGAGCUGGGCUCCAAUCGCAUCCGGGUCAUCGAGAACCUCGAUUCGCUCACAUCUUUGCAAAGUUUGUUUCUCGGCACCAAUAAAAUAACAAAGCUUCAGAACUUGGAUGGCUUGCACAACUUGACAGUUUUAAGCAUUCAGAGUAAUCGCAUCACUAAAAUUGACGGGUUACAGAACCUCGUCAACCUGCGAGAGCUCUACCUGAGCCACAACGGCAUUGAAGUCAUCGAGGGCUUGGAAAAUAAUAAAAAACUGACUACCCUGGACAUAGCAGCCAAUCGAAUAAAGAAAAUUGAAAACAUCAGCCAUCUGACAGACCUGGAGGAAUUCUGGAUGAAUGAUAACCAGAUAGAGAACUGGUCAGAUCUGGAUGAGCUGAAGAACGCCAAGUCUCUGGAGACGGUUUACCUGGAGAGAAACCCGCUACAGAAGGAUCCUCAGUACCGGCGGAAGAUCAUGCUGGCGCUGCCCAGCGUUCGCCAGAUCGACGCCACCUUCAUUCGCUUCUAAAGCGGCUGUGUGCGAUUGACCCCUCACCCUCCCUCCCAGCCUGCCUGCCCCGCACACGGCCCCACCGAGUCGCGCAUUUAACACACAUGUACGCGUGUGUGCACUCAUCUGAAGUUUGAUCGAUGCUAUUGUGUGGAUGCUUUUAAUUUAUUAAGGUGGAACUGUGAAAAUGGAAAAAACUGCCCUUCACUCGUCACUAAUUUCCUCAUUUAUCCUCUGCUCUUUUCCUUUUUUUUUUUUUUUUUGGGUGGUUAUUUUGCAUGUGGGACACAAGUGUGCAGGUGUGAUUGACCAUGCAGUGCACAUCAGGAAAAUAACAGCUCAUGUCUUAUUUAUCACGUUGUUGAAGUUGGACUGUAUUUCUAGUGGAAAGGGUGAGUUUACUGCUAUACAGCAGUAUGAUGCUGUCCUCAAAUGUUACUCAAGAGGCAAAAGAGCAAUGAAGGGAAAAUCCAGGCAAUUAACUAUUUCACUUUCCAGAAUGGUACUUAAGUUUUUACUUGCCUUUAGCAGUAUUAAACGUGAAAUGUGGCCUAUUUCGGCAGCAAUUAAUUGAAAAAAAAUAUACUGUCUUUUUAGAGAAAACAUAUCUUUCACAACUUAAUGGACACAUUGAAAACUGGUAUCCUGACAAAUUAUAUCAAGGUUUGAUUCUAGGAGCCUUGUUUAGUCUUCAUCUCAACUUUUUAUUUGAGCUCAGAAAUCCAUUUGCUGGUUUAACAAGUCUGACCUCUGCAAGUGAAACACAACUUCUGAGAAUGUAAAAUCAUAUAGAGUUCAUGAAGAUUGUUUAGUAUGGCGGGGUAUUAGGGCUACCUUUGGAAAGGGUACUGCUGUUUUUGUUGAGAUUAGAUAUCAAACGAGAUAAAAAAUAAACUUUAGUGGUCAAGAAUAAUGUUAGCUUUUUUUAAUAUGUGGUAAUAAAAAAAUAAACAAUCUGACCUCAAUAAAUGUAGCCCUAAUGCUCUGUUAUAUCUGUACAUAUGUAAUCAAUGAUACUGCUGUUUUAAACCUUUGCUCCAGUUCUGAAUACGGCCUUCCUCUUAACUUUUCAACACUGAUGAUCUUAUUCUUAAGGUUUAUUAAGCUCAUGACAUUUAAAUGUUUUUCAAUUAAAUUUGCUUUGUAUUGCCCGGAAUGAUGUCCUCAAAGUGUUAAAAGAGAUCAUAUAAACUGCUCCGGACGGCAGUUCUUGGCCAUGAGAUGAGUCUAGAGCAGGGAUCUCUGCUCCUGGAGAGCCUCUCAUUGCUGGACUCUGUUUGGUGGUGCAAAUCAGAUGUGUUGAAGCAGAGAGAGAGGUAAAAUAUGUGGAAUUAGGGCUUCCCAGGUCCAGGAUUUGGGGACCAUUUGCUUGGAAAAGAACUUGUGUGUAAUUAUCAUUCCUCCCGAACAGGUUCAAUUCAAACUAACACGUCUCUCUCAAAUCAAACAGUGACUUAUUUUUGCAUAUUUCUCCACAAUUGAUUUGCUCCUUUUCACAAUAGGAAAGCGGUUGAUCUUUUCUGACCAAAUAAAAAGCCAACGUGAAUACAGUAUAUAAGCCUCACAUUAAUGCGUUUUAGCUGGAUUGGAUGAAUAGUAUUGAACGAAGUCCUCUCUGUGUAAAUACAGGAUGCAGAUCAGUCUUGUCCGACUGUUUGGAUUUCAAGAACACUACGAAUGCUGGUUUCAUUAGAGUUUUCUUUUUCAAACGUUUAAGAAGAAACAUCACAUCCCCUACACUUCAGCCAUGACCAACACAUUUAUGAUCCCAUAUCAGACUAUCAAACGACAUUUUGCUUCACUGAUAUGAAUGUAACAUUACUACACACUCAGAAUAACUGCAGUGGGAUUGAAAAUGUCCCUUUGUGUAUUUGUAAAUAUUGGUUGGAAAACUCAUGAUGUAGAAAGUUCAGUGCCAUCAUCACCAUCCCUUUGUAAAGUGACACACUACUCUUUUGUUUAUGCCGGGCAGCACAACAGAUUCUUGUGAGAUACCGUGAUUGAGAGAAAAUGACCUCGAUCGGUCAGCAGAGGAGCGUUUACUCCGAAGUAAAUGAGCUCCUUGUUGUCGGAACUGAUUCUUCAGGUUUUUGAUGUGGUUGGUGAAGAUUUCAAACUGAAUGUAUUAUGCAAAUAAUAAAAUUACACGACUUAAAAAA